AUGCGCACGCCUACAAGCUCUCUUCUCGAACGCGAACUCCACAUCGUGCAGCGCGAACAUCACAUCAUCGAGCGCGAGCUAGCUCUACUGGAACAUCAACGUCGGCUAGAGGAGUACGAGCGAACACUUGCCGCGCGCGAGCGCGCUUCACAUGCAAAUCCAACUUCAACCCCACCCCUACACACCCCUACACACAAUGACCCCUCCAAUCCAGUAGACACUGGUAGCCCUGCGCCGUCGAGCUUGGACUCAGUCUCUUUGGACGGAACGGAGAUCCUCGAUGAAGACGAUUGCGAAGAGAAGGGCUGCAGAGAGCUCGCGCUGGCACGCAGGGAGCUGAUUCGGGCGGCGGACACGGAUGAUACGGAUGCGUUCAUGGCGAAGUUUUGGGCGCUGUAUCAGAGGGAGAGUCAGAGGAAGUGUGGGAGGGAUGUCGGUCGAGGGCGUACAGAAUCCGCGCGUCGAGAAGGGUAG